AUGACGUUUGUUGACAAGUUCGUUUUGUUAUCGUCGAGCCGAUUAUUUUCCACCUUUUUUACUAGACAAAAAUUCCAGUGUAUCAGUGCAGUUAGAUUUCAUAUGGAUAUUAGGAAUGAAGCAAAAUCCUCAAUGGAAAUUGUUAACAUACCUCCAAUCAUUUCGACAUACCGGCAUGCCUUGCGGACGUUCGAUGACAAUUUCAAAAACGAAUUGUCGACCAACUUGAGCAAGUUAAAAAUUAUGAUGGAUUCGUUAAAAGCGGAGGAUCUGGGCUUCGACGCUAGCCUCGGUGAUCCAUCGACAUGGUCCAGGCCGAACAAGGCCCCGUGUACAUACAUAGAAGUGUUUCAGAAUAGUCAAAUAAACAUGAGUAUAUUUGUGCUGCAACCAGGAUUCAGAAUGCCUUUACACGACCACCCGCACAUGCACGGACUGUUAAAAGUGAUUGUUGGCGCUGUGAAGAUCAGAAGUUUCACGGAGUAUCCCCUGAAAGAGGCUGUGGACACCAUAGACUUCGUGGUUCGCGCGAGGCACGAAGCAGCGCGGCUAGCCCAAGGUAUUCACAAACGUAGGCGAUUGUUCGCGAAAAUAACCAACAACAGUGUAUGUAGAGCUAAUUCUGAAACCUGCACACUGACUCCAACAGUGUCAAACUACCACGAAAUAGAAGCUUUAGAUAUGCCAGCAGCAUUUUUUGACAUCCUCUCUCCGCCUUAUGAUACACUAAUCGAAGGCAUCGGACCUAGAAGAUGCCGUUAUUACCAAGUAGCUAAUGAAAUAAGUACUAAUGUAGUUGAAUUACAAGAAACUGAUGUACCGAGAUGUUUUUACUGUGAUCAAGCACCGUAUUUAGGGCCGAUACUGGCUUAGGUACAAAUAUUGGUAGUGCUAAUAGUAAUAUUGUUUUAAAUUAUGAGAAUUUGUUUCUGUAGUUAAUUUCCAUGUUAUUAUGUGGCAGUGUUGACCAGUCACUGAUGUCUAUACAUUUCCCUGAUUUGAAACUUAAGUAUUAUGAAAUGACACAUGCAUAAAUGCACAAGAAUACUUUUAAAGUUGUGAUUUGUCUAGAUAUUUGAAUUCAAUCAAUUACAGGCUUGGAACUACAUUAUAUUGGUUAUUUGGUUCUGGAAUUAAGCUUCAUUUAUCUAAAUGAGGAUCAGACAACUAUAAUAGAGGAGCUGUUAUGUGACAAAGAUUAUUGAUACCAGCAGUUGCAAUAUAGUUAAUUAUCCACACUUAAAAUAUUUAAUACUGUUCUUAGUGAAGAAACUUGUUAAUGUGUGUUAAAAAAAAUUUAUUGACUACAUUGUUCUAAUGUUAAUGUGUAAUAGUAAAUUCCAUAGUAGUUUUAAAUCAUUACAUAGAUCCUUUAUUGUAUGUAGUAAACAAUAAUGCUCUUUGGAAAAAUAGUAGUACCUAAAUACAUAUUAUCACAUGAUUGGAAUGUAUUUACAAAUAUGAAUUUAAUUGUUAAUAGUUGCUGUAAAGAUUGUUAUAGUUCAAAUGGUUUUGUGCCUUCAUUUCAACAGAUUCUAAUACAUAUUAUAUUCUAUUCAUAAGUGUGUUGAUACUGUUUUUGAUGCACUAAAAGUAGUUACCAUAGUAUUUAGUUACAAUUAUGUUAUACUCACUUUUACUGUAUUAUUCUGCCAUUCAAUUUUAAUAAUGUAAUUCAAUAGUUCUAUGAUAAUAGUUACUAUUGUGUAUAAAAUACAUUUGACUUGCCCUAAAUUAUAUUAAAUAAAGUAUUUCUAUUGAAUGUUAAAAUAACAUUAAGUAGAUAAGAGUACAUGUAUUAGAAAGUUUAAAUGGUGGAAAAUAAUCCUAAAUAAAUAAUUAAAAUUCAAGUGUUCUGUUAUUCACCAAUUACAUUUUAAAAUAUUGUGUGACAGCAUAAUGUUGUAUUGAACACUUUCAAAUGUCUAUUAUGCCUGUAAACUGGGCAGUUUAAUUAAUAAUUAAUUCAAACAACUUUUUACUGAAUGUAAAUGUCCAUGAAAGAAAUUUUUUAUUUUUUUUCUUGACUCAUUUUCACAUUACAAUAAUUUUACUAAAGAUUUUGAACAUUCCAAUUUCACAAUUAUAUUGUUAAAGAUCAUCAAUCAAUGCUACGUAAUUUAUAAAAUUGUAAUGAAGUGGCGCACAAAAAAUUAGCAAAUUUGAUCUCUA